AUGGCUCGGACGAAGACAACCUCCGCAAAACCUCCAACCUCCGCAAAACCUAAAGGAGGUCCACCGACCCUAAGCGAAUUACGCAAAAUGGUGAGGAGUCGGCAAGAGAAAGUGAAAGCCGGCAACAAUGAUGACGAUACAAAUGUGGAGGUGAACGCCGAGGAAAAAGAGAAGAAAGAGAUUCCGAAAUACCAAGAGGAGGAGGAAGAAAAGGACCAAGAGAAGGAUGAAGUAAAAGACCAAGAGGAGGAGAAUCCGAAAGACCAAGAGGAGGAGGAAGAAAAGGAACAAGAGGACGAAGAAGAUGAGGUAUUAGAGGAGGAGGAAAAAUCAGACCACGAGGAGGAGAUAGAAAAGGACCAAGAGGAGGAGAAAGGUGAGGAACUUGAGGAGGAGGAAAAUGAGGAACAAAAGGAGGAGGGGGAAGAUGAUGAUGAACAGGAGGCAGAAGACGAUGAUGAACAGGAGGCGGAAGAAGAUGUAGACUAUCGAAGCCAAGCUAUACCACCAGAGAAGUUGUGCUUUGAACCCGGUAUGUUUAAUAUCAACAUCAAGCUGUCAGGAAGAUGCUAUAUUGAGAAGGUUGUGAAAACGUUAGAAAAGGUGCUAGAUGAAAGAGAGUUGAAAUGGUUCAAAACGCACCCUCAGUUCAAACACUUCUUCCACAUGUACUUGGAAGAAAAUCAUAAAUCGCAGGGGAUGUGGAUGCUUAUUCUGUGUAUGGUGCCAUCAAGCAAGAUGAAGGAAUGCUGGUUUGUAGUAAAUGGGGUGCCCAUCUGGUAUUCUUUGAGAGAGUUGGGGCUUAUUUCUGGAUUAAACUGUCGAAGCUACCCUAAGAACUACGAAAGGUUAGGUGGUGACAGUAGUAAGUUUGUUGCAAAGUAUUUUGGUGAAGGGAAGAAGAAAGUAACACUGAAGAAUGUAGAUGAGAAGAUGGAGUCAAUGAAAUCAAGUAAAGUGAGAGGUAGGAUGAAUAUUGCUAAUAUGAAGGACAUUCGCAAUAUAGUGAAGAAUUUAAAUAGGAAUGUGCCUGAAGGUGCGAACAAAGUGUUUCCUAGUUUCAUUAUUCCUAUGGAGGAUAUUCAUAGUGUGCUGGCUGCAUCGAAGCAACUGCGGGCUCUCAUCAUGGACGAUGAGGAUAUAGACCAAGAUGUAGCGGAUUAUGUUGUUGAUGGUUGGAAAUCGAUUUUGCUGGAGGAGAAAAGUGAGAUAUUCUUUGAGGAAAUGUUCAAAAAAGAUGUCAAUAGCCGAAAGAACAAAGGGAAAAAAGCAUCGGGUCCUAAAACACCAGCUCGUAAAACCGCAUCGACUCCUACAACUACAAUAGAGGUAGAGAAACUGAUUGCAGGCUUAAAGGGCUUGACGAAAACAGUGGAAGAUGGGUUUAUGGAAAUGAGAAAAAAGUUAGAUGAUCAUGAGAAAAGAAUCAAAAAGAUGAAGCUGUAUGUGGGUGAAGAGAAGAAAAGAAUUCAAGAAGACGAAGAUAAUCGUCUUAACUUUGAUGCAGAUUACCAUGGCGGUGGUGAGGAGGCAAAUGAUGGCGCUGGUUGUGCUGGGAAGAAGCAAACAGAAGGAGAGAAUGUGGAAGAAAAUGUGGAGAAGAAUAAAGAAGAGAACGAGGAAGGAGCUGAUGGGGAGAAGGAUAAAGAAGAGAACAAGGAAGGAGCUGAUGGGGAGAAGGAUAAAAAAGAGAACGAGGAAAUAGACGGAGAAGUGCCAACCCGUGUAACCAGGACUAGUGUACGAACAAAAAAAAAAUCACAAUACAAACAAACCCCUUUUACAGAAGAUAAGAAAGGGAAGAAAAGGUCAACGAAUGAUGAGAAGAAGAAGGGAGCUCCCAAGGGAAAGAAACAAAAGACUUAG